GAGGGGAGGAGCGACAGGCUUUUAUUCUGAAGGGUUCGGUGCGGACAGUCACCGGAAGCAGAGAAAAAGACUUUCUGUCGUUAGAGUUGUGCACUCGGCUGUAGGGCUCGAGGGACCAGAACCAGACUCACCUGUACCUAAAGUCAAAAGUCAGCUCCGCCCCCUGCAGCCAUGGCUCUGAUCUCUCUAGAGGACCUGGACCAGUUAGACGAUGAGCAGCUGGACGAUGACAUCACAGACAAUCCUGAACCAAUGGAGGCGGACGACGACCUGCUGAGGCACUGGCAGGCUGUCGCCAGCACGCACCAGGUGUCUGUACCUGCAGAUAUGACGGGGCCCAUCCAUGAGAUGACCAGGAACAGCCAGCAGAGGGAGCCGGUUCCCUUUGCUCCAGUGUCCAUACACGAGAAGAUGGGGGAGGUCCAAUACGAGGAGAGGGUCUAUCCUGCAGGUAACUGGGCGUGCGUGACAAGGGGGGAGAAGCUUUAUGAGCAGAGCAUCUCUAUGGCCUUCAUGAAGCUGAUGCGUUUCAUCUGUAAGGACAACUCUGCAGGCAGGUACCUGGGGAUGUCGGUUCCUGUGGUCAGUAACAUCCACAUGAUGGAAGACGGUAAAACGUUCCAGAAAGACGUCCUAACAGCGUUCUUCCUCCCCACCGAGUUCCAGACAAACCCCCCACAACCCUCUGACCCCGACAUCACCAUAAUCCGCCGGGAGCCAAUCAGAGUCAUCACCAGGCCGUUCUUUGGGACAACCACUGAGGAGACAGUGACCCGUCAGAUCGAGCAGCUGUGGGAGAUUGUGGGCGCGUCCGACGACCUGCACAGGGACAGCUACAUGGUUGCUGUGUACGAGAACCCUGGUGUCCCUCGCCGCCGUAACGAGAUCUGGUUCAUCAGACGCCACCUGUAGACGCCUUCCCAUCAUGCUCUGCUCUGUCUGCUCCUCCUCUGAUUGGCUGCUUGCUGCUUGUUCAUACACCAUUUAACUCGACCAUUCACAGCAGGUUUGGACUCCAAGCCCCGCCUACUUUAGUUUGUUAAAGCUCUGUCCAAUCAGACGUAAUUUUUAGGGUGAGACGGUAUGUUCAUGUGUGAUGUCAUGCUACUGUGCUCUCAUUGGUCAAACACCCUGCUGACUUCUGAAAUCAGUGAGGUCAUAUGACCUUUUAGCCAUACUGGCAGUUCUGCCCGGUCAGCAGGUAGACGGUUAAAUGGUGAGUUUACUGGGAGAGCAAUGAAGGUUAGAUGGUUAGAUGGAUAACAGCCAUGACCAUCCAGACUGCGUACGGAUGAACGCCACCUUCAGACAGGUUGUAAGGUCAAGCUUUGACCUCUUACCUCUGUAAGAUGGUGGCAAUUCAUUUGUCUCUCCCAGUGAACACGACUCAGUCUGAUUCCUUUUUUAACUGAUGAUAGACAUUCACUGACCACUUAAUCAGGUACACCUGUCAGCAGCUCACUAUGGUAAAUAUUUAAUCAACCAAUCACGUGGCAGCAGCAAACGUGUGUAGACGACGUGCUAAGGGUCAGCGGAGUUGUAGAGCGUGCCAUGGUCGGUGGAGACGGUUGGCAGUGAUUUCUCCGCCCACGAAGCGUGGGAGCAUUUUCCCCACAACGCCAUCCGGUGUCAGAGUGGCAGCUACGUUUAUUGUAACAGACUUAAACCCAUCAAACUUUAUUGAUAAUGAACAGAGACACAGAGGUCAGUUUAUUAAGUAUACCUGUCAUUUCCCUACUCACCUGUAGUUUUUACCGAGUCUCAAACCUAAAAACCAGAACCAAAAUUUAAUUAUCAUGGAUUUGUCUGUUGUCGUGAACUGGUAUAACGGUUUAACUGGUGGUGGAUUAACUGGUGACACUGUCAAAAAUUCAGACAACAGCGCUUACUUCCCAGUUAAGGGCAUUCAUUGACAUACUGAUGUUUUUGAAAUGAAAAUACAGCUUAUAAUACCCUUGACUCUUUUGUUACGGUUGUGGGAGAGUCACAGCAGUCAUUGCUGCUGUUGCCAUGACGAUUAAAGAUGCUGUUUUCAGUUUUCAAAAGUAGGGAUGCAUGCUAUUAUCAGUAUGAUAUCUGCUGACAGGGCAGAUAUAAACGUUUCUGCCCAUGUUUAUAACUCAUUAUCUUUAAAAAUCUGACUAUAUCAUCUGUAAAUAUCUGCUGUAUGAACUGAUAAGUUGGAGGAGGUUUAGUCCAGACCAGCUGACCUACUUCAGCUGAACUCUUCAUCUGUAUUCAUCAUUCCUUAAACUUCAGAGUUUGUUUUUAAGUCUGAACUACAUUUAAAUUUCUAUAUCAGCUUAAAUUAAUUUGUAAAUAUAUGAAAAAUCCAACUUUAGGCUUUCCACUAGACUUCUUUUGUCUCUGUCGAAAAUGACAGUCUUCAAGAAUUUCAGCCAUUCAGAAGAACUUUUGCUUUAGAUAGCCAAAUAUGACCAAUAACAGCAGCAAAAUACAUAAAGCGGGACUGAGGAAACAUUUUUCUGUCUGAAUCUGACUCAAGACCAAGACAGCAGAUACCAAGCUGAUAGUAAACCCAAGUAAUUGUCACCCUGUUAUUACAGCCUGGUGGACAAAUAUAUACUUACCUUAGAAACGACUGGGCAAAGACUUUCUACUGUCUUUAUACAGGUGGUUUAAACAAACAGAAUUAAAAAUGUGAGCUUUUCCUGAUAAAUUUGCAGUCAGUUGCACAAUAUACACCUACGUUGUAACACAUAAACACCAGCAGCACUUAACUUCACAUUAGCACCCUUAGCGUUAAGUUAGCCUGUUAGCUGCUACCAUGACUUAGCAGUUUAGAACAGCCAAAUACCAUCCUCCACUGAAAACACCAACAAAUCAUCCUAACAGACUAACCAGAGCUCUGUUAACUAGACAACACCUUGCUCUUCCUCGUACUGAUGAUCUCAACUGUAACCUCCGCUAAAACAGUAAACCCAACUGUUGUGGUUUAUUUGGUGUAGUACUAGAUUGAAUUGGUCACAGGUAGAUGUACCUUCUUACUGGAGUCCACUACUGACCUGUCAGAGUCUCAGCAGCUGCAUCAGUGUUUUAGCCACUCUGCUAUCUUCAGUUCUCUUUGUUUCAGCUUCUUCAUGACCUACAGUGACGACUAGUUGAGAAUCCCCUCAUAACGUGUGUCCUGAGUGUCCUGGCCAAAAAUUCACUGCGUAGUUUACAGUAUCUCUAGUCCCCCGGUAAUGGGCUUUGUUUGGCAUGUCCACGCUGAUAUCUUGAAUAUUCACUGCCUUAAUUAGCCACAUGCUUGCUGCCUGAGUAGAUACACUAUCCCAACACAGACAGUGUGUUAGAAAAAUUACUUUGAGCUUUUAUUAAGAUUUGUGCGUGAUAUUUUCUAGGUAACACAAUAUAUAAUUUCUAAGUAUUACCUAUUACCUAUCUGGUAAUUGGGGUAUCUGGUAAUUAACCAUUGGUCAGCACGGCUUCAGAGCGAGUCAUGUGACCCGAAACUCUGACCUGUCUGAGAAUCCCAGCGUACCCUGACUUUAGUGAGGAUGAUCUAUGAUGGAGAACACUGCCUCCUCAUCAUUUACACACCAUCACCAUGACAACCACACUGAGGAUGUUACACCUACUUGUAGCUAGGUGUGAGAUUUAAGGCGGAAAUAUCUCAGCUGCUGGACCACCUUAAAUAUAAACAAAAGCGUAAAAGUUCAGACAACCACAGAGCUCUGGUGGUUCUUUAAGGAUGGAAUCACUUCAUCAAUCCAUCAAUAAACUUAUGUACGUUCUGAUUGGUCAGUGGGCAGAGCUUCAUUCAGGUUAUGUCCCCAGUCCUGUGAUUGUGUAACCCUUUAGCCUUGCCUUGUUUCCACAUCUGCUGUAAAUAUGUUUGCUUAGAUAGCUUGGCACAAAGCCGUAAAGAGAGUUGUGUCAGUGGAAGGUUUAAAGUGUACGGUCCCAUGAUUAAUGGAGCUCAGAGUAGUUCUAACUUGAAUCCAUUCAUUGGGAUGUGAGCCAAAAAGACAGAUGGGUAUAAGAUCGAUGUCUUUGAUAUUACGUAACGUGAUUUAUUGUUGAAAUGACCUGAAACUAUGGGGUUAAAUUGAGUGAGGUCGGGAAGGCGAUCACCAGUCAUGGAUGUGCUGCUUUAGCUUCACUCUAUUCUAUCCUGAUAUCAGGCUUUGGUUUAUCGUCUCUAACGUAACCCUGUGUUUGUCACAGGGUUAUCAAUUCUUGCUAAUUUAGAACAUGAAGUAGCUGCACAAAUUCAAACAACUGAAAAACUAAUGCAUAAUAAUGUUGUAUGCUACCACCCUGUUGAGCCAGGUUUAAAAUUUUAACUGUAAGAACUUAAUACUGAAACCUAGACCUCGCCCCUAAACUUAAAGGUCUGUAGCGCCACAUUAUGUAAAAACACUGCAUUAUGUAAUAAUGUAAUAAAUUUUCAAUUCAUUAUGUAAUAGCACUGCAUUUUGUAAGCCACUAAGCAGUUAGGGUUAGGGUAAGGUAGUAGGG